AUGCCUGCAUACAAUGAAGGCGAGGUCGAAAUUGAUGAGGACGAUUUUAAGUGCGCCGCAGUACGGGAGCAAGAUCGGUUCUUACCAAUUGCAAAUAUCAGCAGAAUUAUGAAAAAGGCACUGCCAGCAAAUGCGAAGAUAGCAAAAGAUGCUAAAGAGACCGUUCAAGAAUGUGUGUCGGAAUUCAUUAGUUUCAUCACCAGCGAGUAA